AUGUUGGCGGUGUUAUCGUUCAAGGGAGCACGCGCCAACGGCGUAGAUGUAGCCGGGGCUGUUGCCAGCAAAAAAGUGGCUUCUCAGUUCCGAUGUGCUGCCGACGUGCAUCUGGAGGUGACAACGCGAGAGCAGGCGAUUACGAUGUCCUGUGAUCCGUGCUGCUGGACGCGAGGAGUAGACGGAGUCGACAGAGGCAGUGUGGUGAUUGCCCUUGUGGUAGAGAACAACGUCAUGGGCCGGGAGUUCUGGGCCGUGAAGGGUCUGGCGACGAUCGACGUAACGGGCACGCCGAAUUUCGCGAGUUGGGUCCACGAGAUGGUGGAUUCCCCGCACAGUUUGACUGUGCAGGUGGCAACUCUGUCACGAUCAGGAUUGCUGGGGUCACGCUAUCCUGAACAGUUCCUGCGAGCAGACUGGCCGAAUGACGCGACCUGGGUCCACGAGAUGUUGGAUUCCAGCCACAGCCUGAUUGUGAGGGAUUCAACUCUGCCACGACCAUGCUUGCUGGGGGCACAUUAUCCUCAGAAGCUUGUGUUCCUGCGAGCAAACUGGCCGACUGAUGAGCCAGCACAGGAUCUUUGCGGGGAUCUGAAAGCCGUCAUGGCGGAGGAAGCCUUCGCGCAGCAUUGCCUGAAGGUAGCCAGGGCCUUGCAAGAAUGUAGGCUCUCAUUCUCAGCGUUCAACAUGGCUCCGGGCAUGAACAGGCUGCCCCAUCCGGCAGAAGUCGUGGAGAAUCCAUGUACAGGGUUGUGGGAGGACGUUUCCAGUCUUCGGGAGUCCAAGUCCAAGAAGGUUCUAGAAAGCAUGCAGAACCUUAGAAGGGAUCUGGAAUCCAUCAUGGCGGAGGAAGCCUUCGUGCAGCAUUGCUUUGAGGUUGACGAGGCCUUGCAAGAAUGUGUGCAAUCAUUCUCAGCCUUCAAGACGAAGCAAGGCAUGAGCAGGCUGCCUGAGGCGUCCGAAGUUGUGGAGCAUUUACGUUUAGGGCUGUGGAAGGAGGUUUCCAGUCUUCUGGUGUUCAAAGCCGCCGAGGUUGGGGCCAUCAAUGCCUCACAAGCACCAACGAGCACAGCCUCUGCUGUUUUUCCUCCUAAUCUUCUGCAUCAGCUCAGGCCGUUCGUUGUGCCUCACGAUGCACCUGCCGUGCAGCGCGGCACGGAUCUAGUCAACGGCGUGGUGCAGGAGGCGCUCAGACUCCAGUCUAAGCUGCCGAAGCUGGUUGAGGAGCAUCUUCGGUCCGUUCUCUUGCAGGGUAAGCAGCAUCUGCAAGGGCACGAGCCAAACCUUGAUGAUGCAGAUGAGGCCAUGGCAGUCGCCCAAGAGAUCUUCAAUGUCCAGUCCCGUCUUGUUUGCGAGGUUCCUUGGAGCCCUACCUGGGCCAGUGAGCGCGACGCUGCUCUGACUCAGAACCCCAACAGCAUCCUGUGUGAUUGCUCUGGUCGGGUCCUGCAAGUGCAGCAUUCCCCGAAGUGCGACGUCCUUGAGGCACUAACAGAGCAAAACUUUCCGCUCCGAUUGUACCGACCCAAUUCCUCCCCAACUGGCACAUCAGCUGCAUCCAGUUCGCCGGCAGCGCAAGAAACGGCCUCAGCGCAAACAGCCAAGAUGUGGGCAGUACAGAUGCCGGCCCCUGACAUCUUUGAGCUCGCCCGUCGAUUCGUGGAUGCCUGGAAACUCGCCGCACAUCGUGACUUGCAGCGUCACUUGGACACUGCUGCUUUACAGAAGGCUGCCAAUGUGGUGGAUAGGUUCGUCAAGAACAGCCAAGAGUUGAACAACUCAGUAAAAGCGAGAGUUCUGCUUGUAAACGAACGGCUGGCAUCAAGCAGGCAGACUCCAGGUGAUCUGAUUGAUCACUCCUUGGCAGGUGCUUUCGUGAAGGCGCUGGAAACCAAGGUAUCCCUCAUAUUUCUGCUUGACCAAACAGGUUCCAUCACUCAGGAAGUUUUUGACAACUUCCUGAAGACGGCCGCCGAGAAGCUCUUACGGUUUCUGGUGCAGCGACACGGGCGGGUUGGUGGCCUUGAGUUUGCGGCCGUGGCUUAUGGACCUCUCGAGACAAUCAGCGGCUUUACUACUGAGGAGCAAGCCUUCGUUGAGAGAAUCAGAAACCAUAUUUAUCGUUCCGGAUUAAGCGAAGACCUUAGCGAAGCCUUUCGCUCUGUGCGAGCCUUAUUUGGCAAGCAGCCCUCUUCCGCUGCCUCGCCGGUGCGUUUGGUCUUCCAUUUUACAGAUGGUGAACCCAACGACUUUGAGCUGGCAACGGACGAGAUGAAGGUAUUACAGACCCAGACUGGUGCAGUCGUGGUGGGGAUCGGCAUUGGCCCUGGCAUCCAAUGGGGCCAACUGAGUGCACUCAGCAGUGCAGGCUUGGCAAUUCCGGUGCAAAACUUCGACCAGCUAAGGACCAGUCUAGAUCGAACCUUUGCACUGAUCGAUGAGGCACAGACGCAGUGCAAGCGCAUGAGAACAGAGGACAUCUUGAAUGUGAUGCAACGGUCGAUCCACUGA